UGUAGUUGAAAACUCUGCCAUUUCUGCAUUUCUUAAGCAAUUUCAAAGAGAAUUCAAACUACAUGUUCCAUGAGCCCAUGUCCCACAAACAGGCUUUGUGUUAAAUAGAUAAGGCGCAGGUGGAGAGUUUUAUUAUACGCUUUAUUCUUUAUUAAACCUUGUUGCUAUAAUUUCUCCUCUUCACAGGCUCAGAUAGAUUUAUUUACAUUCUGUAUUAAUUUAAUAAACUCUCAGUAGAAUUUAUUAUGUAUUUAAACUCGCGCAGGUCGCACUGAUCAAAUAACAAACGAUGGAAAACGACAACUCGAUUCAUCAGAGAAGAUUUGAAGCAGCUGUUAAAGUGAUGAGGAGUUUACCUGCAGAUGGUGCCUUUGUGCCGUCUGAUGACAUGCUGCUCAGGUUUUACACCUACCACCAACAAGCCACAGUCGGAGCCUGUUACACCUCCGAGCCCUGCGGCUGGGACGCGCUGAGUAAAGCCAAGUGGGAGGCCUGGAAAGGGUUAGGUGACAUGUCUAAGGAAGAAGCUAUGAAGGCGUACGUUGAGGAGAUUCUGCUGAUUUUGGAGAUGAUUCCCGUGACGGAGGAGGUGUCCGACCUGCUGGACCUGCUCGAAUCGUUUUACGAAGUGGUGGAGGAUGAGGAUGAAGAUGAAGAUGACGAAACGACCAACAGACCUGCAGUGUCGAUGUUAUCAGGAAGCAGUGAUGAGUGGAGAGGAAGUUCUGUAGAAGACGUAGGUGAUGACGUGGAGGAGGAAGAUGAUGCUGAAGAUGUGACACGGCUAAUGGUGGAUAACAGAGCUGAGAGAGGAGGAUCUCCGGUGUGUAACAGCAGCAUCUCCUCUCUCAUCAGAAGCACACACAGCUCCUUAAACACGGACGAGGAAGAGGAGGAGCUGGAGUACACCCGAGAGACGAGCCAAGAGAUGAGACGAGAGACGAGACGAGAGAUGAGACGAGACUCUCCAGAUCGCUUUCUUCAACUCCUCACUGAGGAUUGCCUUACAGAUGGCAGUGAUGUCAUUGAGCCGGAACAUCUGAGUGAGGUGUACGGUGACUCGGUGAGAGCUGAAGAGGGUUCAGGAGGCCUCAGAGCAGCUGCAGCUCGAGCCAAAAAGCCGGAGGGGCGAGGGGGAAAGAGAGAGGAUGAGGGUGUGAGUCAGGAUGGAAAACCACAGGGAGCAGCACUUCCCCCCCUCUGCACAGCGGCACAUGGACCAGUCCAAUCUGUCAUCCUGUCAGCAGGGAGAGGAAGAGGCGAGGGAUUUACUUUAAUUUCUGGGUGUGAGUUAGCAGGAGAAUCUGUCGCUCCGUUCAGUAAUGACGUGUCAUUGUUGAAUGAUGGUACAGUCGGCGAGUGUGUGGUGACGGAUCCGGUGAACACACAGAUUGCUGUGGUGUUGUCACGGCUACAGGACGACAUGCGGAACGUGUUAGCGAGGCUGAACACGCUGGAGGCUCAGGCCGUGUCUCAGGUUGAAAGGUUCGCUCUCUGCUGUGAGCCUCAUACGGCUCUGGCUAACAAGCGACAACCCACGUGUCCAUCGGUCAUCUCCCAAAUCUCAGUGGCAUUUCUACUCGUCUGGCCUUUUGUAGCACACUUCUUAGUGCAGCUAUACCUUAAGAAGAAAAGGAAGAUGAAGCUUUAAAGCCAUCCAUGAGGCAGAUGAUCAGAACUCUGCUGAAAUAUUAAAGAAAAAAAAAAAAACAUCUAUAAACAGCACUACAGUCCUGAUUCUAAUGCGCUCUUGAUGACGUCUUCUCAGCAUGGCCCCUUCAUUAGGGCCCCGUCACCAUCACUAUACUGGAAGUCUGAGGGUUCAAGUCAGAUAUGAGGUCUAGGUUUAGGAAAACCAAGCAGAAAAAAAAAAUCUCAUGAAAAAAACCCUCAAACAAUAUAAAAGUGUUGCUAGUAUAUCUAAUGUAAAAUUGGUGAUAAUUCAAAUGAUGUAAUUUUGGUGGUAAAUGAUGUAAAAAUGGUGGUAACUUGAAUGAUGUUCCAUUAAGACACAAUUUCCCUUUUUAAAAGCAAAGGACAAAUUAUAAAUAAAUGUAACAGAAAUAAUGAAAAAACUUAUGUAAUAUGUAAAAUAUUUAACGUUUCCUUUGCUACGCUACAAAUGUUUUAUGUAGCAGCUACUUUCUUUUGCUAGCUAGGUAGCAAGCUAGCUAAAUGUCACACUAGCUCAUUAGCAGAUACCUAACAUGAAGCCUGUAGAAAACUGUUAAAAGUAGCCUACCUCAAGUUUUAUAUAUGCAUUCUAUAUUUAUUAUUAGAGUCUACAGUAUAAUUUAUUUAUAUUUAUACAUUAGCAGCACUUUGUGUAUACUGAAUAAACA